AUGGUUACUCCUAUGAAGUUAUCCAAGGAUUUAAACAACAUAAGUCUUGAAGCACUUAUCAACUCUCUUAGAAGUAAUGAAAUAGAGCUUGAAGAAGAUAAACCUCAGAAGAAAAGAAAAUUCGUGGCUCUAAAGUCUAAAUCAGAAAGAAGAAAGUCGGAAAGGAACAAAGUCUUUCAAGAUGAAGAAGAAGAAGCUGAUGACUCUGAGAAUGAAGAUUCUGAUAAUGAAGAAGAAUUAUCUCUUAUUUCCAUAAGAAUCACAAAACUCUGGAUAAAAAGUUCAUCUGAAAUAGAGUCUGACUCUGAAAAGGUAUUCUCUGACUUUUCUCGUUCUGAUUUGGAAGUCUGUUUGUCAGAAUCUCUAUGUAUAUCAGAAGCUUCAACCGAAACUCAAGAACCUGAAAAGGUUCAUGAAGAAACUGUUGAAGAGUGUGAUAAGCUUGAGAAAGAAGUUUUUGAACUUAAAGAAAAUAACUUUAUUCUUUAA